AUUAUACAGUACGUAUGCUGCUGUUUAAACUGGUUUAUGGAAACAACGUUUAGGCUCAUUGUAGCAUUAAGCGACAGCAGUACAGGAUGUUGUGGUUCGAAAUCAGGCAUGAGUCGUGUGUGUGUGUGUGUGUGUGUGUGUGUGUGUGUGUGUGUGUCGCGCGCGCGCGCGCUUAUUAUUGUGUCAUUCAGGCUUGUGCUGCAUCAGUUCUUAAAUAUGUUUCCCUUUGCCAGCAUGCUUAUACAAGUCAGUUGACUCAUAUUUCCCUGUCGUUGAAGACUGCAGGAUCAGAGGUAAAGGAGUGCCUUGUUUGUAUGGGUGGCAUACUGAAAAAAUCAUUUGGUGUGUAUUAAUGGGAGUCUUUGUUCAGAAAUAGGUCAGAUUGCUCUUGUGUUAAAAACUGUGCACUUUGCGAUCCGGACACAGACAGUCUGAUCUGGACUACAUGAUCUGAAAGGUGUUUUACCUCUAAACCUGAGCACACUGACCUCAAUAUCAGCCCAUUCUGUCUUAAGGGAUUGUCUGUUUGAGGUGGACUUAUGCAGAUUGAGAGACUGGAGGGCAGUCUGGGUGAUGGGUCAUUGCUGGGGUUAGAGGAUGCCAAUCUGGACCCCCAGCGCACACGGCAGGCGAUUUCACAACUGCAGCAGAAGAUCUUGAAACUUACGGAGCAGCUGCGUAUCGAGCAGGCGGACCGCGAUGAGAACGUGGCCGAGUACCUCAAACUGGCCAGCAAUGCCAACGACAAACAGCAGAGCACCCGGAUCAAACAGGUCUUUGAAAAGAAGAACCAGAAGUCGGCAGCGAGCAUUGCACAGCUGCAGCGCAAGCUAGAGCACUACCACCGGCGCCUGCGUGAGGUGGAGCACAGCGGCGUGCAGAGGCAGCCCAAAGAUGUCCUGCGGGAUGUGCAGCAGGGCCUGCGAGAUGUGGGCGCCAGAGUCAUAACUGGCAUCAGUGAAGGAGUCGUAAAGGGCGGCCUGUCCAGUUUUUCUCAUGCUACGCUCCCCACCGUGGGCACAGUUGCCUCCAAACUUCGCGAGAACACUUCGUUGAUUUGCAACAAGUUUGGAAGUGCUGACAACAUCAACGCUUUGAAGGAUGUAGCGGAGGACGGAGAGGAAUGCCUGGCCACUGGAGGUCGCUCUCUGGGGUCUGCUGGCAGCCACUUGCAUUCGAGUCUGAAGUUUGAAAGCGACGAGGAUUGUUCAAGUGCUACUUCUGGAUCAGCAGGAGCCAACAGCACGACGGGGGCCCCCGGGGGCCCACCCAGCUCGAGGGGGAACACUCUGGAAAGGGGGCAUAGCGGUAGCUUAGACAUGCUGUUGCAGGAAGUGCAGGACUUGCGAGAUGCACAGACACGGUUGGAAGAGACGGUGGAAAAUCAGAAGUGCAAUUAUCUUAAAGAGUCCACUCAGAUGAUGCAAGCGCUUCAGGAGGAGAGGUGUGAGCGUUUAGAAGAACAACUGAAUGAUCUGACUGAACUCCAUCAGAAUGAGAUCUUGAACCUGAAGCAAGAACUGGUCAGCAUGGAGGAGAAGAUCACGUAUCAGUCCAACGAGAGGGCCCACGACUUACAGGAGGCUCUGGAGGCGUGUCAGACACGCAUCUCGAAGAUGGAGCUUCAGCAGCAGCAGCAGCAGCUCGUGCAGUUGGAGGGUUUGGAGAACGCCACAGCACGAACACUGCUCGGCAAACUCAUCAAUGUUCUGCUGGCGCUCAUGGCCGUCCUGCUCGUCUUUGUGUCCACUGUCGCCAACUGCGUCAUCCCGCUGAUGAAGACCCGAAGCCGCUCUGUGUCCUCGCUGCUCCUCUUCCUCCUCUUCGCUGUCCUCUGGAGGAACUGGGACACUUUCUCAGGACACACGUACCGCAUGCUGCACAUGCCGAGAUGACCUGCCAGCGGAGCUGCAGCUGCCAUUUGAUUGGACGGGGGUAUUAGCCAAUUCCCUCCUUGUUCAGUAGGAUGGUACGGACAUUUUGUAUUUUUGUUGAAUGGCUGUUUUGAAACAUUUUGCACGUUUACAACUUUGAAUGCCCUCGGAAUGCAUUACUUUUACUAUGAAGUUUGAUUAGUUAUAUUAAUAUUAUUUGUUUUUUAACGUUAUUGUUUUCUUUUAAGCAGUAUUUUAGUUCAAUGUAGCAUUAAAGGGGUAGUUUACAUAAAAUAAAAUACUGUCAUUAUUAAUUCACCUUCAAGCUGUUGACUUUCAAAACCAUAUGACUUUCUUUCUUCCGCAAAACAUAAAAAGAGAAUUUUUGAAGAAUCUUCACGUAGCUCUUUUACUUAUAAUGUCUGUCAAGCUCAAAAAAAUAUAUGACUACUCAAAAAUCUCAUUCAUGGUCCGAUUUUAAUCCCAUUGCUGCCAAAUGCUAUUGGUUUUUGCUUGUGUGGUUUUACACUAGGGCUGUCAAUUGAUUUAAAAGAGAAAUAAUUACUUGAUGUGCUGAUUCAUUCCAAUUAAUCCAGUAUUUACUGAGAAAAGCCCCCAAAAAGGAAGAAAAUUAUUAUAAAUAUAAUUCAGAUAAUUCAAAUGUAUCAUAGAUUGUAGCAGUUUUUACACAAUAUAAAAUAUAAUAUACAUUUAUACAAAACAACAGGUGUCAAAAAAGUCAAAAUACUCCUUGUUUUAUUUCUUUAUCAUUGAUCAUAACACUAUUAUUGACUUCCCUCUGUUCGAUUUUGAAUUGUUGGUCUUUGUACUCGUGCAUCAGACGGACGUGUUUGGAGCGUCUCACUAGUUUUCAGCGUCUCUAGUCAUAAGCGCUUGGAUUUUAGGACGCUGUGUCAAGGUAAAUGUAGUUUCAAAUGUUGAAAAACAUGUCUGGAGAUGGAAGACUGUGCUGCUCUUGUUGGUUUUCUGUACAGCUGGAGUCACGCUGACUGCCCCCUACUGACACAGAUUCACUAAAACAUCAAGGACCGACAUCAAACUUGAAAUGUAUGGAUGGUUCUUUAUUACGGAAAUAAUGUACGAGUCAGGGGCAUGAUUAAUUGCGUUCAUUUCUUUUGCGCUUUAUUUGUCAUUUUAUUAAUCACACUAAAUUAUCGUGUUAAAUUGACAGCCGUUGUUGGAACUGAAUGCAGGUGCGCCAGUUUGAAUAUGUGAGAUGGAGAAUGAGAUUUGAACACUUCAUUAGAGGAGAAUAUUUUUACAGAAUGAAAACCAUAAUGAUUCAUUUGUGUUGGUUCCUUAGACAGAGUAAAUUAUGAAUAAAUAAUGUGUUUUCUUUUUUUGGUGAAAUAUUUUUUUAACUGUUCUAUGGUCUCACUGAAAUAAUUUUGAAUGUCAUGUUAAGAUUGCCUUUUAGGGGGUGUAUGCACUUUCAGCAGUGUUACACAAUCCUCACUGUAUUCGCUGCACUGGAACAUGAAGGAAGAGCUCUUUGGUAAGACACCUCCUGGACUUCCGAGGACUUUUUUUUUUUUUUGGGUUAUAAACUGGUAAUUACGAGGGUACUAUGCUGGUUUGAGGACAUUUCUAGUGUCCCCAUUAUUUAAAUCGUGUAUUAUUCAGACUAAAUGUUUUAUUGAUAAUGUAAAAAUGCAGAAAGUUUUUUUGUGAGGGAUAGGGGACAGAAUCUAUAGUUCAUACAGUAUAAAAAUCAUUGUCUAUGGAGAGUCCUCACACUGAUAGCUGUGCGUGCGUGUGUGGAUUGGUUAAACCACUGAAGUGCCUUCCAACAUCAUCUACUUAAGACAUUUUCAUCUUUUAGACUUUGUAAUAAAGGCCAUUUCUGACUUGAGUUCAAGAGACUUCCAUUCAUAUAUUUGUGUAUGAAAUCAACAAUCACAUUAUUGCAUAGAAAUUAUUUAUGAAAAACAUUGUAACAUGUUUUGUGUGGGAUCUGAAAGACUCUAAGGAUCUAAGGAGACCGUGGAUAUUAAACAUGAAUAAAUGCUAAGAAUUUCACAUGCUAUAAUUCUCUGUCUGGUGUAUUGCUAACAGAUAUUAUCUGGAUUUACAACU